UGUUGGAGCUUGUUGGAGUCCCGGCUGUGUUGUUGUGUCUCGCGGAGGAAACAUUUCGUCUCUCGCAGCAAACAUGAGUUCAGUCCAGGCUUUGAGAGAGUUUAUCAACGAGCGGCUGAUCGCUGCCGCCGGAGAAAUCUUCACCGUGGUUGAACAAACUAUCGUCCAGUAUGAGGAGGAGAUCGACCGGCAGCGCAGGCAGCGGGAGAGCGGCUGGAAGCCUCAAAUGGAGUUGCACAGAACGGCAAGCCCACAGCAGCUUGUGAGUGAGGAGCAACAGCUCUGUGGCGCCAGCCUCACCCAGGAAGAAGCGUCUUCUCCAGGCUUUAAGCUGGAGGACGAGGAGCCGGAGCACUCACAGACCAUGUUCCCUCUGGAGGACUUCAGCAGCGCGGAGGAAGAGAGGCUGCUUGCUCUCAAACAGGAGACCGACUCGUCUGCGCUGGCGUUUGCCGAAGCGAGCAGUGACCACGGCGAACCCGAGCCAGACAUCGAGGGGCCUCUUUUCGACGGCUCUGCGGCGGAUCGGGAAACGGUCGUGCACGCGGACGCAAGCCUAAUUCUAAAUGUCGAGCCGAAGCCCAACAAGGCGUGUCGCGGCGACGGCGUGAACAAUUCUCAUCCCCCAGACAAGCGCAAAAAAGCCAAAGCAGGCAAAAAGUGCUUAAAAUGCGGCUUCUGCGGGAAACCCUUCAAAUGUAUUUCAAAGAUGCUGCAGCAUCACAGAAUCCACACAGGCGAGAAGCCCUAUUCCUGUCAGAUGUGUGAGAAAAGCUUCAGAAGACAGCAUCAUUUAGCAAUACACAUGAGAACUCACACAGGUGAGAAGCCGUAUUCCUGUCAGAUCUGUGGGAAGACGUUCAGGAGGCAGCACCAUUUAGUGGGCCACACGAAAACCCACCAGGGCGAGAGGACGUAUCACAUCUGUAACAUCUGUGGGAAAAGCUACUCGGACUACAUGGCACUCAAAAAGCAUUUGGUCAACCAUCCUGGCAGUGAUUCUCAACCUUAAAGACGGAGUGGUAUGAGCGGAUUUUGGGGAGUCGAUGGAGGACAUCUCGAGCAGUCCUCCACGACUCAAACUGUCCCGUGGAAGCAGCCAGUCUUCCAGAUCUGGAUUCAGUGCUUGCCUUUAGCUCUGUAGUGUUCUCUUUGAAGUGUCUUUACAAACCGCCACGUUGAAUUUCAAUAUGACUUGUCUAAAGAGGUGUGAACUUAAAGAAACUGGAAGUAAAACUUUCCUCUGAUGAAGUGGGUCAAUUUGCUGAAUUAGUGUUUUUUACUUUAUUAUUUUUUUUUUUUUUUUUAGAAAUAUGAGGUUUAUUUAAAUGAGGUUUCUCCUUGACUUCCAGUCACCACUGGACCUGGUUGUAUCACAUCAGGGGACUGGUGGGACAGUUGAGUGACUUUAAUAAUGUAAAAUUUCUCCAUAGGAUAGAAAUACAAUAUAGAAAAAAGGAAAGUAGUUGACUGUUAGUGUGACAGUUAGUCUCUCGUCAUGUAAUGGAGUUUGUUCUGUUUCACUGAGGGGUCUGCAGCCUUGAUGACCAGAAGACAUUUUUGCUGAUUUGAAACAAUCACCUGGAGCUGAGAAACGAGGAUAAGCGGUUUGUAAAGUUUCACUGUAUAUACAAACACUUUUCCUUCGGUUUGUGUUUAUGAAGGUUCGUAAGUCUAAUUUAAACCAUCAGACAUUUUGGCUUUUUUUUUUAUGCUGUUUUGACUUUUUUCUGCCAUUCUGUUAUUCUGGAGCUAUCUCAGCUAUCUUAGGCAUGUCAGUAGUUUGACUCUAUUAACUAUUGUAGCUGUUGACAUUGUUAAUACAUUUUAGCUCUUUAGUGUUUUAUUCUUCUGUUGAACAUGUUUUGACUCUUGGGUAAUUUGGUGGCUUUUAUUUAUUAAGCUGUUUUAGCGAUUUUUAGCCAUUUUAGUUGUUUUAUGCUACGCUGUUCAGAGACUAAAGAGCCACAUAUAGUAGGAUGCAGACCCUUGGUUUAAACUUUUUUUUUAUUUCAAACUAGGGAUAGACCAAUAUGGAUUUUUUUUAGGGCCGAAGCCGGUUUUUUUCCGUCACCUUUAGCCGAUGGCCGAAUUUGGACUGCCGAUUUUCUUGAGCCAAUAUUUGGGGCUGAUACUGCUUUUGCACCUUCAAUUUACACCAAAAAAAUGACACAAUGAUAAAAAAUAUUACAGAUCUCAAGCUUGAAAUAAGAAAUAUUUAUUGAUCAGUAAAAAAUUAUAACCGCUUUGUUCAACUUUACACAACAUACUUUAAAAUGAACAAAAAGUGUUUGGUGCUUUUAAUUAUUCAAAUAAUGCCAAUACAAUAAAAUAAACAUUUAGACAUUAAAACAGCUGAAGUAUUGCACUCAACAAGAACGAGCAGCAUAGCGUGCACACUGCACAAAGUGCAAAUGACUCUCUUAAGGAGUGUGUAAACAGCAAAAAACUGCAUAAAGAGAAAUGAAGAAUUGUGCAAAAUAUGCACUUUGGCCUACUUCUAGUACUUCUUAGUUGCCCCACACAUCCCUCACUGGAAGUUCUUAACAAUCCCAGAUUAGGAGCUGUAUGUUAUGGUGGAGGAAACAGAGGCACUCUGUAUUCUCUCCUGUGAAUCAUGUCAGGGAGAAAUAAAUCUGUGUACCGGCCGAUGCCGAUAGAAGUAAAAAAAAAAAAAAAAAAACCUCAAAUAUCAGCCCGA